GACGAUGAUGUUACUGUUGGAAAAUUCUAUGCUACUUUUCUGAUUCAGGAUUAUUUCAGAAGAUUUAAAAAGCGAAAAGAAUUAGAAUCUAAAGGUGGUGUUACUCACCAAACAUCACAAGCCAUGGCGCUUCAAGCUGGUCUUCGAACUUUGCAUGAGAUAGGACCCGAAUUGAAGAGAGCGAUUUCCGGAAAUCUUGAAUCGGAUUUUACUGUCGAUUUGGAAGAACCUCAGCAUCGGCGUCCACAUUCACUCUUCAAUAAUAUAAUGAAUGCAUUAAGUGGAACAUCAUCGCGGAAUCAUGAGGUGUAUGGUGAAGAACGAAUAUCACGUUUACUUCCUAUCACUGAUUCGAAUAUUUCAGCGAAUCAUCUAUCACCAACACAUUCAUUACAUGGUAAUAAUGUAACUUCUCUAGCUACACAUGCUGGUGUGAAUUUGAAUAUGAAUAGUUCGAUUAAUAUUCCCACGUCUCCACGAGUAAAUGGAGGCAUUCGUCAACGCCGUCUUCCUCAAAUUCCAUUCACACGUGAUCAAAAAGAAACAGGGGCUUAUAUUAGCUAUAAUCACCGAUUCAUUCUCGCUAAUCGGAGCCACAACCAUUUCAGCACGCCAGUGGAUACUGAUGAAGACGAAGAAUGGUACGAGCAACGUGAUACAAAUAACAUUCGAAAGAAUUAUCAAUGGUUGCAAGACGGAAUGCCAGAAAGGGGACUUCGUGAACCAUUUUUAUUAGCACGAAAUCAAGCUCUAGUAAUGGCUGGAGUACCAUCUAAUAUGAGCGACGCAUUUGAAGGCACCUAUCGGCCAGCACCAGAUGGUAAAUCAGUUCGACUGCCAUUUUCAAGCCGUCCUUUAUUAAUACCAGCUGAAGAAAAUGAAAAGCGUUUGAGUGAGCGACUUGUUGGAGAAGCAUUAGAUUUAGGAAGAUAUAUGGAUGAACGCGUUGUUCAAGCAGCACGAAGAGAAAUCGCUGAAGCAUAUUCGCUGGAAGAAUCAGAAAUGGAACGAGUCGCAGCAACCCUAACUGAUCAACGAUACCUCGAGCACCUUGGAAUGGAUCGUUGUGAAGUUCGUGAUUAUAAUAAUUAUUCGUCAUCAGCACUCCUUCGUCCAGCUAAUUCGCAAGAAACUCAUGAUGAUGAUCUCCUACUUGUUACAACAUUAUAA